AUGGCGUCCAGCUGGAGCCAGAGUGUGACCGUGGCGCUGGUGUACCUGGCGGCGAUCGUGGAGAGGGCGGACGAGCAGAUCCUGCCGUCGCUGUACUUCUUCAUUGGCAAGUCGCUCAACGCCACGCCUGCAGACCUGGGCGCGGUCACACUGUGCCGAGCGCUGGUUCAGGCGAUCUCCUCCCCACUCAGUGGACUGCUAGGAGAUCGAUACGACAGGACGUUAGUCAUCGCAGGCGGCUGCUUCCUCUGGGGAAUAAUGACAGCGGCAUUGGGAUUGGCAACUUCCAUACGUGAGGCCAUGGUGUAUGCGGCUUGCAAUGGUGUUGGCUUGGCCCUUGUCAUACCUUGCAGCCAAAGUCUAAUCGCCGAUUUCUACACACCUGAAGUGCGAGGACGAGCAUUCGGCCUGAUGCAGCUCAUUGGUGCUCUGGGGGUUAUGUUGGGAGGUCUCUUUGCCACGAAUGUUGGGCACUACUCCCCAAUGGGGAUGGAAGGAUGGAGGUUUGCUGUUGAGCUGGUGGCUGUGUUGAGCAUGAUCACAGGUUUCCUGGUGCUUAAAUAUGCUGUUGAUCCUCGACGGCAGCACCUAGCACCCAAAAUGUACAAACCUAUCCCACAAGAUGAGCCUUCAGAUGUGGAAGCAAAGGGUGAGGCAACGAAGGGUGAGCAACACAGGGUCACUCAUGCAGUGACCAGGGGAAGGUCCAACAUGCCGACCUCGCCCAUUGGCAGAACCCAAAUGGGAGGAACAGUGCCAAAGGCCACAAGCCAAAAGCAAACACUGGGCGGGGUCUGGCGCGACGUGCGCUGGAUGCUCUCAAUCCGCACCUUCCAGGCCAUCAUCGCCCAGGGCGUCGUGGGCUCCAUGCCCUGGAACGCGAUGGUCUUCUUCACCCUCUGGUUUCAGCUCAUGGGCUUCUCCGACCUGGGCGCCUCCACCCUGGUCGCCAUCUUCCACAUGGGCUGCGCCAUGGGCGCCUUUGCGGGCGGCCUUAUUGGCGACAGCAUGUCCCUGCGCUUCCCCAAUGCGGGCCGCAUUAUGACCGCCCAGAUCAGCGUGUUCUCCGGCCUGCCACUCUCCAUCCUCCUGCUCAAGGUCCUGCCGGCGAUGGGCCUGGCAGGUCGGGCCGCUCCAUUCGCCGUAGUGAUGUUCAGCCUGGGAUUCGUGAUCCCGUGGUGCUCUCCUGGCUGCAACAGCCCGAUCUUCGCGGAGAUCGUCCCAGAAGAGAUGUACUCCAGGGUGUACGCAUUCGAUAGGUCGUUCGAGGGGGCAGUGGCGGCCUGCGCAGCGCCUGUUGUGGGGAUCGUGGCUCAGAGCACGUUUGGCUUCAAGGGCUCAGUGGACACCGGCAGGGACAGCGGACCCAGCGAGAAUGCGGGGGCGCUGGGCAGCAGCCUGCUGCUGUGCCUGAUGGCGCCGUGGAGCAUGUGCCUGGUGCUGUACACAGUGCUGUACUGGACCUACCCGAGGGACAGGAAUUUCGCUAAAGAGAUGAAGAGGAAACUGUCGGUGGCCAACCUGAGCGAGAAGGGGUAA